AUGUCCGUUGAACAUGACCGGAAUGGACCUCUUCGGGGCCGGAGCGGUCCUCCUGCCCGUAAGCCGAAUCGAACUGUCAACGUUCCAAUUGAGUAUCAGCCUAGUAUGUCUUGGCCUGAUCUGGAGCGUAUUAGCAAGGUUCUAAGCGUGGAAUCUGGCUGUGAGGUUGUUCCAAGGAUGGAAAAUCGGCAGCCUACCAAAUUCGAAAUCUUCGGUCAAGGUCUUCAAUUAGAGGCUGCGGUCAAAGUUGUCAAUCGGUGGAUCGAAAAUGCUCCCUCCAAAACUCCUGCAUCAUCAUCUUGGCCGAAAACGAGUGCUUUUCAUGCCAAUAAGUGGUACUAUGACACGGUGAAGCAGAUGGAUAUGGAGCGCAAAGAGAAGUUUAAGGGCGAGCCGCCAGAAGAAGCAGGGCUUAUUCGAGUGGUUGUUGACUGGCCUGAUGAGCUACGUCGUGACGGGAUCGAUCCAGCGUCUGCCUUCGGUAAUGGAUUAGUAGCACUGAACCCAAUUCGGAUGGAUGAUGAAGUAUAUAUCUCCUUUUGUCCACACCGUGGUCCAGUCCUACAAGUCGAAAUCCAAGGGUACGAAGAAGCUCACGUCGCAUCUGCUCUAGAGCACUAUGAGAACCUAGUGCAAAAGGUUCAGACCAUAAGAUCACUGAGCGUCCUAGCCAUCAACAUCGUUCUAGAUAAAGGUGAAGGCACUGAAGUUGUUCUGAGGAAGAUCCCUAGUUGGUGGCCUGUCAAAAUCUAUAACAUAUAUCCUCAGCUCCUUCCAGCUGUGCCGCCAGUAGCCCCUAAACAAGGAAACCAAGAAACUAAAGGAGAGUUUCGGAAGAAGUCCCUGGACCCUAGCCACCUGGUUGAGAUUCAGAAACAAAUCACUCAAGUUCUAGAAUGUAUAAGAUUCGAGCGAGGCUAUUACGACCUGACGGUCCGCUAUGGUUGUCUUGGACUUGUAGGCAUGGCAGACGAGGAGAUUGGGAAAACCUACAAAUUACCCGUAUUUGAAACGAGCAUUUGCGGGACGAGGGUGACUUGCCUAGUCACUAAAUGGGCAGGCGAUCAGGAGUUUGGAGAGCGAUUGCUUGCCAGACUGAUGGCGGCAGGUGACAUAUUGGUGCCGGCCAAGAUAGGAGGUCCUUCAAAGUUGUCAGAGACUCGGCCCACCUUCCAGGGAACAUGGAUGCUUCAAGAUCCUAACAGCACGCGCCCAGUCCAUCCGAAUGCUCGAGAUCAGCGGACUGCGUCUCAGCCCAAGACUAUUGUGGUGCAAAUUGAUUGGACUGAAGACGAGGAAGGAAUGUUCGAGAAGAUGCCUUUAAGAUUCUACCAUGUGAAAGAGGGCAAGAUUGCGCCUAAGGAACAUCUUGACAUCAACUUAAUGGAACUAGGAGAAGGCAAGGCAUGGCACAUAGGCCUAGAAUCCAUGGUGGUCGUCCCAAAAUCGAAGCUGUCUCCUGUAGUCGUGAACUUUGCGGACGGGGUCAGGAUGAGGUCCGGGGACGCGGCGAACCUACACUCUAAAGAGAGCUUCGCGCAGUGGAGCACAACUCCAAGUACACGACUGAAAGGAUGUCGAUUGGACAGGGUUUAUACAUUCCGCAUCCGUGAUACGAACUACCAUGUCGAGGCUCGACAAAUGUGGUAUCCGUGCCAGACAGCCCCGUGCUGGGGUGUCGUUGUUCGCCACAGCGAAUGGUCUACGCACUUGAAUCCGCUCGAGACUCUUGUUUCUGGGCGAAUAGUCCAAUUCGGUGAUACGGCCAAGACUUUCUUCCCUGGUGACGGAGGCACCUCAGCUGCGCCUGCUGAAUCAAGCAAUGACAUGCCGCAAAUCCAAAAUCUCGACGUGGAGGAGAGGGAACCAGAUGUUACUGGUAUCACGCUUCUCGUCAAGGCGCUAAUGAGGCUUUCCGUUGUCAUCAACGACUGCAAAGCCCCCCCAAAUUAG